GCUUCGCCUGUUUUACUUUGGUGUGGCUACUCUACUCGUAUUCUAUGCUGGUGCCAGAUUUAUGGUCGCGCAGCUCGCGCUAGCCAUGCUUGCUUGCGCCUGAACGCUGCUGUGUUGAGCUGUCAGUUUUUCGUUUCAUAUCAAUCUUUGGCUUGAAAUUGCUGGAAUCGCUAAUCAACGGCACAAUGAAGCUGCUUACGCAUAACAUGAUGACAUCAAAGUGCAUCAAGGGUGUCAAUACUGGUUUUCCCCUUGGCAUUGUGGCUAGCGAAACAAAAGUAAUAUCAGUGGAUUUUAAUCCGGAGUUCGUGUGUCGCAUGAUACCUAAGCUGGACUGGGAUGCCCUUUACCAAGCUGCCGAAAGCAUUGGCGUUGCUGCAGAUUUACCUAAAGCAUUAGUUCCAGAUUAUGAACAUAAUGAAGAGUUCUUGAAGCAAGUUCAUCACACACUCUUUGAGGUGGAGGUUGUUGCUGGAGAGCUUGUGUGCCCUGAAACAGGGAGGAAAUUCCCAAUAACAAAUGGUAUUCCAAAUAUGCUUUUGAAUGAAGAUGAAGUCUGAAAAAAAAAAAAAGGGUGAGGGGGGUUCUGUGAUAUUUUCUGCCAUCCCACUUGACCACUUUGUGUCAUUCAUUAGAAAGCAUCUCGAAUUUGUAAAUAAAAUGAAAGAUGACUGCA